AUGGCUCGCGGACUGCUCAUCUUCGGUUCUGCUUUUGCAGUAUUCGGUGCAGUGCUCUGGCAACUUCUAUUGAAGGACCUUCUGUUCAUCGUGCUCGGCGUAGGCCGAGUAGUACAACCCCUCGAGGACUUUCCAUACAAAUGUCGGAAGAUCACAGACAAGAGGUUGACGGGUUGUGAAGAUAUGUGGUUGGACGACCAGGAGAGAAUGCUGAAGAAAGUUAAUGUUUCUGCGAGAAGGGAAGGCGGCACUGAAUUUUUGGCUCUCUCAAUCGACAGCGAGCUGCCUGAUGGUUCAUUCCCCAUUCGCGCCAUUAACCUAGAUAACUACGUGUCUCCAACGGGCGACUCGUCCGUUGAUAUCCUUGGGUUCGACGCCGAGGUCAUCGACAAAAGUACCGUGCACUUCUAUCUCACUAAUCAGCGCCCGCCAGUGGAUUCGCAGGGUAAACACAUUGACGCUACCGAAACUGGUGCAAAUGCAACGAUGGACGUGUUCGAACAUAAGAGAGGGACUAGCAGUAUGAGACACUUGAGGACCGUGUGGGAUCCGGAGACUCUCUAUACGCUGAACAAUGUUGCGGCGGUGGGCGGCGGGGCAUUUGUGGCGACAAAUGAUCACUCGAAGUCGCUAGGACUGCGCAGAACACUUGACGACUACAUCGGCGGCGGCGGCGUAACCUACUGCUCAUCCGCCUCUGCCUGCUUUCCUGUCACGCCCCCUCGAACAUUCAAGAUGCCGAACGGACUCGCUCGCGGCGCAGAUGGGCUCAUUUACGUUCCGGCCACCUUCGGUGGCACCAUCUCCGUAUACUCCCUUAAGACAUUCGGUGAGCAUAUGCAGCCUAUGUUCAGCCUGCGCGAUACUAUCAACGUUGGCAUGCCGCUCGACAAUCUAGCGCUUGAUGGGAAUGGUGACUUGUGGAUCCCUGGGUUUCCGAACGGUGCGAAAUCAUUCAAAUGGUAUGAAAAUCCUGUCAAAAACAAGAUGCCAGCAACCAUAUGGAAGAUCAAAAAAAUUGAGAAGGCAUACCAGGUGGAGAAGGUGCUUGAGGAUAGUGAGGCGGAAAUUUUGCACGGGAUCACCACUGUAAGGCACGAUGUCAAGACCGGGCGACUGUUCAUGGGAGAACGAACUCAGCAAAAGAAAAACCCACGCCUUGUGGCGAACAGGAAAUUCGUCAACAGACUCCGCUCCAAAGCCGAGCAAACCCAAUGGGACCGCCGCGCAAGCUACGAAAUGGACGUAGACGAAUGGGAUACCAUCAACGAAGAGACACAGAAGACGGAGCUGGCAAACAGAUUAAGGAUCCCGACUGAAGACCUGCACAGCAUUCGCCGGUCCGGCAGCACUGUCCAGGUGACGUUCGACCUUCGAAAUGCUCGUUUGCACGUCCACAAGAAGCCUCUUUACCAGGAUGUAGGCGAUGAUGGUAAUCCGGGCACAUUGUACGGAACUCACGCACCCAAUGUGGAAAUUGACCCAUACAUCGGGCCCUAUUGGCCAUCGGAUCAUGCAGAAGAGUCAACACGCGCAGAAGCUCUCAGCUACAAGCCCAUUCUGGACGCACCGCCGGCUUACAUGGAUCUCCCGUGGAAGGAACUGCUGCAUCCUCAGCACAUGAUCACCAUUGAAGAGUUCUUAGUCUACUUCCCGAAUCACGUCGCCCGCUGGCCCGGUCUCGCAGCUGCACUACGUUGGUCGAACCUCAAUCGGCUCUUCUAUCGCGCAGUACGCAUCAUCAAUCUCGCUCGUGGAUCGCACCAGUGUCAACGCCGCGAGGAUCAGCAUACUGAAGUCCUCCCUUUCCAGAUGAAGAUAGAAAGAGCUAUUCGAGAGAUUGACCCCGGCUACAAGCUGUUUGACUUCCCGCACGAGAACUAUUCGAAAGAAACAAUAAACGCUCAUCUUCGUCAAAGACCACGUGGGCAGAGCGAGCAACAAAAUUUGGUGUGCACGCUUCAAGAGGCGGCUGGCUACAUCACCGGCAUCAACGAGUUCGAAGCGCACUGUCCGUUCUCACAAUUUAUGAAGCAGUUCCAGCCUGUAUUCAAGCCCGUUCCUCCUCCAAGCAUGCCGGAGCACGCUGGCGGGCUUGGGAGUCUAGAGGCCUAUGUCAGAUACCAAACUGCCGCGGGCGACAACUUCAUCGCAUGGCCUGCACAAGCAGUUCAGCCGCUGUCAGAAGUGUGCCAGGAUUCAGACUGCGAACGAUUGGAGUGCGAGAAGAUACACAAGACCGAAAAGACUUCUAAGAAGCCUGACCUCUCGAAACUUGGCAACCAUAACAAAAACAAAGCUGACACGCAAGUUCCGGCUCAGGCAUGCAAUCAGGGAGCCGCAUGCCACAAGAGAGAAUGCACCUUUGACCAUCCCGGCCCGUGGACAGAUACAAGCGUGCAGCUGAACCCUCCGAACUUCCAGGUCCACUGCAAACAGCAAGCCAAGUGCACCGACCCGGGUUGCAACAGGAGCCACAUGUCCUGGGCAUGGAUGCACGAAAACAAAGGCCCCGUGGGCAACACCAACGGUACAAAUGGCGAGCUGCACCGUGCGCCCUGGCAAAAGGCGUGCAGUUUCGAGACACGGCCUGAUGGUUGCAAGAACGUCAAGUGUGCAUUUGGGCACCGGGGGCCGAAGACAGCGGAGGACGUGCAGGUGGAGUUCGAGCUACAUCCGAGGUGUAAUUGGGAUCGAGAGUGCAAGAAUAAGAGGUGUAAUCAGGCUCAUUCUUCGCUGGCGACGCCUGUUAAUGGAGGCGGAAGAGUUGGCAACUCGGGUGGCGGCGGUCGCGGUCGCGGGGCGAACAGUGGUGCUGGUCCUCCACGGGGUGGCGGUGGCUUACAGGCUCCACGUGGUCCUCGAGGCAGAGGCAGAGGGAGAGGAAGGGCCAAUUGA